UCAGAUGGAAGGGCUUUUGCGUGCUGCAGGAAAUCAGACCUGCUUUUGAACUGGACUAUUUGGGCUCCCUUUUUAAGGACUCUGGUGGCUGAGCAACUUCAUAGACUCCACAGUACAUGGAAAAAUGCAAGUUUUAUCAGACGUGAAAGCGCCAUGUGACGCACUUCCUUCCCCCAGCCUGGAGCCCUACCCGCAGAGCUCCAUUGUGGUCACCCUGGAGGACAUGGGGCUCUGGAUGAAGUUUCAUCAGAUAGGAACUGAGAUGAUCAUCACCAAAUCUGGCAGACGCAUGUUUCCACAAUGCAAAAUCAAAGUCUCUGGCUUAAUCCCAUAUGCCAAGUACCUCAUGCUGGUAGAUUUUGUGCCAGUGGACAACUUCAGGUACAAGUGGAAUAAAGAUCAGUGGGAAGUUGCUGGAAAAGCAGAGCCCCAGCUCCCUUGUCGCACCUAUGUCCACCCAGAUUCCCCAGCUCCUGGCAGCCACUGGAUGAAAGAACCUGUCUCCUUCCAAAAACUGAAGCUAACCAACAACACUCUGGAUCAACAUGGGCACAUCAUCCUCCACUCCAUGCACCGUUACAAGCCUCGCUUCCACAUUGUGCAGGCAGAUGACCUCUUCAGUGUCCGCUGGAGCAUCUUCCAAGUCUUCAGCUUCCCUGAGACUGUCUUCACUUCUGUUACUGCCUACCAGAAUGAGCAGAUCACAAAGCUGAAAAUUGACAACAAUCCAUUUGCUAAAGGUUUCCGGGAGCAUGGGAAGAACACUCGGAGGGAAGGACGAGCCAAAUCUCAGAAGCCCAGUCCAGCCAAGGGCCAGAAGAGGAAGCUGCCUGAGGAAAAGGAGUCCGGUGCUGAGGAACGUGAUUUUGAGAAAGACGAGAAUGUAGAUGUGAAGGAAGAGAGUAACCCCAUUGCAGUUAGCAGCGGCUACCCCUUCUGGAUCUCAGAGCAGAACGGCAGCCAUGCCUUUACUGCAGCAUCACCGGUGCCGGCCGACCAGAGGGAGGGUCCAGCCAGAGAGCAGCAAGUGCCUACACCAUCCUACCAGACAUACCGGUUCCAUGAAGCUGGGGACAGCCAGCAGCUUCCCGCCCGCGACGUCGCCGCCUUGAAUGACUUCCGAGCAAGGUGCCACCCUUUGGAUCUUGCCACAGUGCCUGAGCACGACUCCAAACAGCUCCCAGAGGGCUUCACCAACCUGCCUCCGCUCCCCCCACCUCUGCCCCCUCCCCAGGACUAUACAGGAGUGGUGAACAUGGCUCUGGACUCAGUGGGGAAACCUGGAGCCCGAGCGCCCAUGUACAGUCCAUACAGCACUGAGCAAGGCCUCGGCCAGUGGAUGGUGCCCUCCCACAGCCAGUACAGGGCAAUGAGCUACUCGGCCUUCUCCACAGAUUACAACACACAGGGGGCUUCAGGACAUGCCCACGGGACCAUGGCAGAGUGGAGCCAGUACCCGCUGUUCCCCUAUGCCUGCUGGUGAGCAGAGAAGAACCUUCCCCAUGAAAAGACAAAAAGAAAAUUGUAAAUGAGGACAAAUUUGCUCUGGGGUGGUAACCUUGAAGCCUUGUCUACACUAAGCAAAGAGGCAUUGCCGUACAUGGGAGCAUGGGACACCUUCAAUUCCUUGUCUCCUUGCACAACAGCCCUCGUGGUAUUUCACAAGCAGCAGCAAAACUGCUUGCUACCCCAGCUAUGUCAGUGCACGUCUGGAUGAAUCAGUGUGUUCUGCAUUGUUUGUUUCCAACAGGAGUAGCACACAAACUGUAAGAGCAGUAGUUAAAGAGCUGCCAAACCCUGUCCCAGUCUGCGUUUGCAUCUUGCAUGUGGCAGUUUCCAAAAUCCCGUCUUCCCAGGAAAGUGAGUGCAAGGAGAUAGGGGCUGAGGAGUUUCAGUAAGCCUUUCAGGUGGCCAAGAAGCUGUAGAAGAUAUUUGCGAAGACAUGCAAAAAAUGCAAUCCCAGUGACCCCUUGAGCAGUUUCCUCACUUAGUAUAGUCAAACUAAAGCUAGAGUCUUGCCUUUUUUUCCAGGAGCAUAUAAUGGUAAAAUAUGCAGUGAAACGUGUUUGCAGGUCAUGCAGGCAGGGAAGAGUUUGUCCUCUGCAGGAGAACCGGCAGCAAGGCUCUGUGUUGUGUCUGCGUGUCCCUCAUGCCCACCCCUCUUCUGUCACCCCUAGAUUCGAGGUUAGUGAAAUACUUUUCCUUCUGCUGGUGGUGGAGGGAGGUUGUUCAUAGAAUUUGGGGCUUCUCCAGGGGUCUCCGAAGGCCUGUGCUUGGCAGGAAUAGGGCCCUCAGCAGUGGUGCUGGCUGUGUCACUCUGACCUCUUCCUUUCGAGGGAAAGGAAGUCUUUCGCUGUGAACUUCUUCCUUCCUCCACCCCCUGCCACCCCUGGGGAAUAUAAUUUAUAGCUGUUGUUACUGUGCUAUGGUACAAGAAAGCUUUGUCAGAAGACACUCCUGACCAGCCUGGCGCUGUUCAUCGCCCACAUCCUUUAGCACGGUGAAUGUGCCAUAGGCAUGGAGCUACGUGCUGCGCUGCUCUCUGCCCUGCUGGUGAGCUCAGUGCCUCCCAGGCUGGUCGGUGCAGUCCUCUUGCUGCUGCUAAGGUGCCUGUAGGGAUCUGCUUCCAUAUCUAGUCAGUCGUCAGCGCUUUCACCUUCCUUAUCUCUGGUCCCAACUCCUGGAGGAGCUGUUCUGUCCGUGAGCAGCCUGCACGCUGCCUUGCACAGAGGAUUUUUGUCCUUGUGUUUGAAGGGAGAAGUCUCUGCUUGCCCAAGCAGCCCUGGUGGUGAGUGGGGUCUUGUUUGAGACAGGCUCUUUGCUUCUCAGAGAGGAUAGAUGCAUUCCUUGUUGUUAUUUAGGGAAUAUUUUCUUGUAACACUUGAAAUAAACUGCUUUGUGGUCUGUAGCCGUCAGUAGGCAGUGAGGUGUGUCCUUUAGUCUGUUUGCCAGAUGGCGUUUUCUGUGUGUGCAUGUAGCAAGAUGUUGUCUCUGAGCAGACCAGGGCAGGUUUGUGACCAGUGGUGCAUCAGGCCUGGUGUGUGUAUUCACUGGGAAGGGCUGUGUGCUGCUCUGCCCAGGCACCAGGCCAGCGCUGUGCGUGCGCAUAGUGUAGAGGUGUUAAACUGUGUUUAUUAUUGUUAAAAUGACUUUGAAAAGUAGCCCUAUGUAUUUGUGAAACUCAGCUCCAAUGACUACUUCCUUAUUUAAAUAGUAUAUUGCUAACAGGCUUUGCACCACAAUUAUAUGUACAGAGCAGCCAAAUACUUCCCCUCAGCCUCACAGGAUGGGUGUGAGAUGUGUAGCACACAAAUAAAGGUCAGGCUUCACCACAGUGUGUGUAAUGAUGUCGGCUCGCUUCUCUGACAGCACCCUCGCCAGUAUUGAUUUAUACCUGCUGUGCACCACACGCGUGCGAAUGCAAGUGAUUCACUGCAAAGAAAUCACUUGGGGAAGAAAUGUGGAGGAGCUUGUUUUUAACCCCAGAACACUGCUUUCCUGCUGCCCACAUGCCAGCUGCGUGAAGGCAGGGCAGCUGUAAAAGCCUGUCCUCUUUGGAUGAGGAAAAGUUAUGUCUCUGAGCGUUAGUAGUUUGCUUUGACGCCGCUGGUUUCUGCGUCUUGGAAAUCAGGUGAGAAGCCUGGCCGAGGAGUUUGGUGCCUUGAGCACAGCGUCCAGGGACCCUGGGGACAGGUCGGUGGGGUUCCCCGGGGCGAUCACUGCAAGAAAACAUGAAGUGCUACACCCCGGCUAGUUCCUUAGGUCUGGUCCUUUAUCCUCGAAGUCGGGCUGUAUUUCCCUCUGCCACAGGGUGCUAAUGAGGAUGGAAACCGUGCUGUGGUGAGUACGAUGAGCUGAAGAGAACCGGGCAGCAAAGGGAAACUCCCGUGCAAACACAAGUGUGGUGUGUUAUUUCUGAACCUUCGGAAUAGCUCUGGGAGUGCUGCUGCCCCACAGGGCCUGUUGGUAGAGCUGGUUUGGCAGGCGGCUGCCGCGCUCGGGUGGAAGACCCAGCCGUGUGCAUAGGAGGAGCCAUUAAUUACUCAUCAGCCUUCUGCUGCAACAGGACUCCUUGCCCUUCAGUGAAUCAUCCUGCUCAUUAGCGAGGUACCUUUACUUUCCUCCUGCCCGUCUCUGGUUAGAGACUGUAGCUUUGCUGUUCUGUGAAGCCUUGGAAAAUGUUGCCCGUAGGUGUGUGCGCUCUGGACUCUGCUGCCGCCUCCUCCCUUUGCAGUUUCCACUGUCUUGUUUUCUUCAGCUGUGGCAUUUAAAAUCUGUAUGAGCUUGACUGAAAUCCUGUUUUUGCACACAUGUGAGAUAAUGUAAUGCCUCCCUGACAGCUUCAAUAAAAGGAAAUGAGACAUGCGGAAGGCAGGCCAUUAAGAGCAAUAAAAUAAACUCUGAAAUGUGGUUUUUGUGCAUCUCUUUCCAGCAUGCCAGUGGCUCCGCUGUAGUCAUGUUACCUGGGGCCAGUUCCUACAUGGCACAUGCUGUUGAUCUCAGCGCUCAUUGUUCUCUGCAGCUUAUUCAGCAAGCUCCAGGUUAUCUGCUUGCAGUGCUCGAUAUGACUCAGUCUUGUGCUAAUUCUUUGCAGCAAGUUGUUUA